AUGACUCUGGAAAAGCGGUUCCAGGUCGUGAAUUCGAAGAAGCUGUAUAGCAACUGCCUUCGUCGUGAACACUACAGUCGGGAUUGUAAAUCUUCCUUCCGGUGCCGAACGUGUAACAAGAAGCAUCAUAGUCUUAUCCACCCUGGGUUUUCAGCAUCCGGUUCUAGUUCAGCGACUGGUGCUCAGGAAUCUAUUGAACCGCAAACGGGCGGUUCGGAUGUUUCUACGACUACAGUUGCUCCGGUUGAAGUUCCUCAGCAGGUGAUCCAAAGUUCGGUUGCUACAAUCUAUGCGGCAAACGUCGCAGCUGAAUCUCGAGAAGUUCACGUAUUCCUGUCAACAGUUCUCUUGUCGGUGAAGUACUGCAACGGGCGGGCUCACAUGGCGAGAGCUCUUCUCGAUAGCGGAUCUCAGGCAAAUCUGAUCAUGGAGAGAUUGUGCCAACUCUUGAAGCUGCCACGGAAACAAAUUAGCGUUCCAAUCGCUGGUGUAGGCAAUGCGCGGGUUCAGAUAAACAGUUCUGUGUCUGCCACGAUAGCUUCGAUAACCACUGACUACGCCAUCCCGAUGGACUUCUUAGUUCUAAAGAAAGUAACAGAGGAUCAGCCUUCGACUACGAUUCCGGUCAGUAGUUGGAACUUACCAUCAGAUAUGGUUCUGGCGGAUCCAGGUUUCAACAAGCGAGCUCCAAUUGAUCUUCUGCUUGGAGUAUUUCUACGAGUUCUUGUUACUCAAAGGUGGUCGGGUUCAAAUACAGCGGAGGGGAGAUACGUGGUACGUCUGCCGAAGCGAACGGGUUUCGAGCAGAUGAUCGGCGAGUCGAGCAACACGGCCAUCCGUAGACUUCUGCAACUUGAACGGCGGUUGGGCAAGGACUCAAAUCUGCGAAAGGGUUACAACGAAGCGAUGCAGACUUAA